AUGCAGGAAACGGCCGAGUUGAUACUAUCUCCCUACAACUACAUUAUCGAUCCUCAGCUAAGAAAAAUUCAUAAAGUCGAUCUUGGUGGAAGUAUUGUUAUUUUUGAUGAGGCUCAUAAUUUAGAGAGCAUAUGCGAAGAGGUUGUUUCGGUUGAGAUCUCUUCUAUAAAUAUCGCCCUUGCAAUUGCGGAACUCAAAGAAGCCAUCGAAUGCAUACAGCUUGAAACAGAAGAGACAAGGAAUGCGUUGGACCAUUCUUCCCAAGCAUUCGGCAGCGGGGCAGAGGAAUCUGGAAAGCACAAAGGCCCUUAUUUCCAAGUAGGCGAUGCCGCAAUAUUAUUGUCGAUGCUCUUCGAACUCGAGGUGAAAGUGGAAGCAACUUUCAACGAUCCAUCUGCCCUCAGUCUUGAAGGAUUUCCUGGGAAGGUGUUUCCUGGUGACCGACUUCUGGAAACUUUUGGGAGUGCAGGUUUUUCCUUCGACAAGGCAGACGCCAUGUCUAAGUUACUGUUAGAUAUUACUGACUAUCUUCAACGAGAGACCGAUUUGAAGCCAGCUUCGGCUGAACGGGGAAAAAAUCUCGAGCUCAUAAGAAGUUUCAUUUCGGUGGUUUAUUUGAGCUUGUCAAAGGAAGCGGCUCUUGCUAUCUCUAAACAAAAGGCAACUGCAGGAGAUAUUAAAACUGAGAUAAUUUCCAUGGAUCCUAAAAGGAUUGGCCAACAUUUUAAGCUGUACAUAGUGAAGGAAGAGGAAACCGCAGACAAACCCGCCUGUACAGUUAUGAAAUUUUGGUGUUUUUCUCCUUCAAUCGCAAUGCGGGCAUUGAAGAUGAACGGAGCGCGGACCGUUGUUGUGACGAGUGGCACGUUGUCACCAUUAACCAACUUCAUUCGAGCUAUCGGGCUUGAUUUUGGUAGUACUUUGGAGAACAAACAUGCAGCCAAAAGUGAUCAGGUCAUAGCCGGACUUGUAGGCAGAUCACCGAUAAGUGAUUGCAUCCUAAAUGGAUCUUUUGCAAAACGGUGGGCGACUACGAGUUUGUUGUCUGACCCAAAUUGUGCAGGACCUGUUAGCACAGUGGUGCACCUAGUUACUAUGCCGAUUAUUUCUAGGAAUGACAGGAUGUACGCCGUGGGUAUUGCCGAAAGCAUCCUCUCACUAGCUAGCACUGUCCCGCAAGGGAUACUUGUAUUUUUUGCAUCAUACAGUCUCAUGCAUAACCUUAUAUCUAAGUUUAAACAACUCCCAUCCAAAACUGAGUGCUCAAAAACCUAUUGGGAUUGUAUUGUUGAAAAGAAGGUGGUUGUGGUUGAACCGAAGCAAAAAAACCUACUGAAUAAGGUGAGGUCAGAGUUCACUCAAGGUGUGCGAUCCGAACGAGGCGCCAUGUUUUUUGCGGUAUGUAGAGGAAAGGUUAGUGAGGGAAUCGAUUUCUCAGAUGCUGAUUCUCGAGCUGUUUGUGUUGUUGGAAUACCAUAUCCUCCGAUGAUGGAUGUCCGGAUUUGUCUAAAACGGCUGUAUAUAAAUGAGAUGGCUGCUGUAAACAAAACGGCGCAGUCUUCAGACGAAUGGUACGUGACUGAAGGAUAUCGAGCAGUGAAUCAGGCUUUAGGUCGUGUUAUCCGUCAUGCUGAUGAUUUUGGGGUUGUGGCGUUGCUAGAUGAAAGAUUUGCGAAUGUGAAGAAAGAGUACUUCCCAGCAUGGAUAAGAGCCUCUAUCAAAGCUUUCACUAAUGGAUCAGACUUCAUAGCCGAGACACGUGAAUUCUUCAACAAGAGAAAGUUGCAAGUCAAACACUCAUCAAUGCUUUCCGUACCACGCGACACCAAAAAUAGAAAUACCGCUUCUGGAAGUGUUUCAAGAAAACGAUCCAAUAUACCUUUAUCAACUGAACUAGGGCAUGGAUGUGUUAUGGACUAUGGGCUCUAUAGUGGUAAAUUACAGCACAUCACUCAUGAGACCGCCAAGCAGGACAGAGUGGGAAUUGCUGACCGAAGCAGUCUGCUAUCAAUUUGCGUAAGCUUUGCAGUCCUAGCUGUACGCUUUAUCUGGAUUUGUCCAGUUUCCAACGAGCUGGACACCCGGUAA